CAACUGCUGCAGCACAAGUUGGUGCAGCAAAAUUGCUUGCUAUAGCUCUUGCUUGYGCAGGAAAAUUCCCUGGAGGUGAGAAAAUAAACCGGAAACAUGUUGAAGCUACACAGUCAAUUACUACUCCAAAAAAAUUGUUACGGCGACCGACUUUCUAAUCUGUCCCUCCUACCCUUCAAUCUUUUUCGUUUUCAGGAAUAAUUUUCCCUCUGAUGUUUGCAGGUAAAUGGAAAACUUCGUGACAAGAAGUUCUUGUGAACAUAUGGUUCUCGUCAAUAUACUCUUUCCAAUCGUAGUACAUCACUGAGUGCAAGWAUCGAACUAACAAUUUGUUGAAAAUGCCCCUGUUCUCAUUUUGCUAUUUUGUGAUGAAGCGGCACCGUUGGCCCAUUGUGUUUCGAAACUGCUAAGCCUCCAAGGUGGUUUGUCGUCAGUUGUUGUUAUGUGCCUCAUGGCAUCGACUCAGGCUGCUGUGACGAGAACUCCGCUGGCUACAGCUUUGAUUCUAAGUUUGUCGGCAUCKGCGAAGACGGAACUGAGUGUAAUGCUACCAAGCAUGAUUCUUUCGUCAUACCUGGGAGUAUAUUUUUCUCGUCUGUUCUCGAAAAAGUCUUAUUUUGCAUAUGGUAAAUAAAUGCAAGAAGAAAAGUUUCAUAACAACAAACAUCAUCAACUUAUUAUUUUCACCUGAUAAUUUAUCGAGGAGUCUAAUAGAAUUCCAUGACUUCA